AUGGCCAUGGCCGCACAGGCUUUCAUGGAGUCCUGUCCUGCCAAGGUUGUGCUGAGUGGAGGAGCGGGUUUCGCUCUCGGAGGAGCCUUUGGAAUGUUCAUGUCGAGUGUGGACUGGGGAAUGAAUACGGAGGAGUUCCAGAAACUAUCCACGAGAGAACAACUUAAGCUCACAGCAAAAGACAUGGGAGCGAAAUCGUUCUCGUCAGCGAAAAACUUCGCCGUGGUCGGAGCAGUAUUCGCUGGGACAGAGUGUGUGAUCGAAGGGUAUAGGGCGAAGAACGACAUCUGGAACGGCGUAUCUGCGGGAUGCAUUACGGGAGGGGUAUUGGCGGCCAAGGCGGGACCUCAAGCCGUCGUGGGUGGAUGCCUGACGUUCGCGGCGUUUUCGGCCGCCAUUGACUGGUGGAUGAAGAAGGACGACUAG